AUGUCACCAUCCGACUUAUCCGACUUAUCUAGCAUCAUCAGCGGCGGACCCGAUGGGACCCUACUGACCCUGAGCAAUUCUGGAACCGAGGUUGUCAAUACUGUCAUCGAAUCUGAAUACGGGAUGAACUCAACCAAUGCCAUCUCGGUGGCGCUGGAGGAGUCCAAACGAACGGCCAGGAAAGGUGAGGUACUAGCGCUAUCGAUCGCGGAUAUGGUCAACCAGUGGCUGUUGACCGUGACAACCAAGCUUGAUACUGGAACUUUGUUCGCGAACAAGAAGGUCCUCGGCACCUGGGAUACCUUGUUCAUACUCGAUCUUGUUUUUGAGACUUGCCGAGGGCAUGUACAAGAGGUGGAAAAGCUGGCCGCACGUUGGACAGAGCAGAAGUCUCGCGGCGAUCCUACUUCCGAGUUGUUACAAGACAUGUUGGAGCUCUUCAAGAAAGCCCUUCCGGAGGCUGUUAGGGUCGGUUUAUCUAAGACAGCUUCGUCGAUACGGAGGAAAUACUAUGAUUACGGAAGAUCUGAGCUUGGCAAGGAGGAGAUACUCAAGAGACUGGCUGCAGAGUUGAUCGAUACAGGUGAGGCAGAAUCCUGGGCCCAAGCCCAUGGGCACAAGAAACGCCGAGCUGUCCUUCGCGACAUGCUCCCAGAAUACGAGAUGCGGAUUGUGAAGGCUUGGGAACAAGACCAACAAUCUGGCGGUGCGUGAACUUGAUGAUGAACUCGACCAAGACCAGUGAGAAGUGGACAGUUUGGAUAUUAUCGGAUCGGAAAUGUCUGCUGUAUGUUGUAAAUUUCAUGGAUCGAUACAUAGAUGAUAGGGUUCAAGAC